UACUCACUUCAAAUGAGAGUUCCGGGCUAGGCGCGCGUUCCCGCCAGUUGACGUACGGACGACAGAUUAUAAAACGUGUUUGUAUUUAGUAAUAUUAAAAACAGUGAAUAGAUAAAAAAAAAAAACAAAAUGUUAAAAUAUACAGCCAAAAAAUAUUAUUCGGAAGGGAGCAAAUUAAAUCAAGUCGUGGUGGCAGUUUUGAUGGUGCUGCCAGUGUUUUCCUAUGGCAUGGCCGUCGGUUGGUUGUCACCGAUGGGUCCCUACCUUAUGUCCGAGGACACCCCGGCAGCGAAGCCUGUUCAUCCUGACGUCAUAUCCUGGAUGGCCUCCGUCGCGUACCUGGUUGGAACUCCAGCCGUAUUCCUGUUCGGUUAUAUUGUUGACAACUUUGGACGAAAAAAAGCGCUAAUGUUGACUUCGUUUUCAAUGGCGGUCUGUUGGGGUUUGAAACUAUACUCGACUGAGACCUGGGCUUUGAUAACAGCGAGAGCGAUCGUUGGUUUUGGAGUUGGAGGCUCGUACGUCGUCACACCGUUGUACAUUAAGGAAAUAAGCGAAGACUCCAUCCGUGGCACCCUGGGCAGUCUCGUGAUAUUAUCGCAAAAUUUUGGAAACUUGGUUGUAUAUAUAUUGGGAGAAUAUGUAUGUUAUCACGCCACCUUAUGGAUCUGCCUCGCUGUACCGCUGAUACAUCUGCUUGUGUUCCCCGCUAUGCCAGAGACACCUUCUUAUUUGUUGAAGAGCGGAAAGGUCGAGGAGGCGAGGAGUGCCUUAGCUUGGCUGCGCUGCCGGCAGACUGGCGACGCUAACGUGGAUACUGAACUACAAUCGCUUCUGCUGGAGUUAGAACAGAGCAACUCCGGCAAAUUCUUCACCACUUUAAAAACAUUAGUAUCGGAUCCGAGCACUUUCCACGCGUUCCGUAUAACUCUCACAAUAACCCUGGCCCGUGAGCUCUGCGGGUGCCUGGCCGUGCUGCACUUCGCGUCUCUCAUCUUCAGUAAAGCUAGUGGGGAUUGGGUGUUGACAGCUAAUCAGCAAGCUACCAUCCUUGGUGUGGUGCAGCUUAUAGGGUCAUGUACAGCUUCCAGCCUAGUAGAGAGAACCGGCAGGAAGCCACUGUUAGGAGCGACCUGUCUAGUAUCAGGCCUGGCACUAGUGUCUUUGGGCGGCUGGUUCUUGUGGGCGGGCGGCGUCGCAGCCUGGUUGCCAGCCUUCGCCCUUUGCCUCUGUAUCUACUGCGAUGCGGCUGGAUUACAACCCGUACCUUUCGUCGUCAUGACCGAGAUGUUCUCAUUCCAGUAUCGCGGCACGGUAACGUCGAUAGUGAUAGCGUUCGCGUGUGCACUAGUUUCUAUCGAGCUCCGUUUGUUCCAUCCCCUGGCCACUCACCUCGGUCUGUACGUCAUAUUCUGGAUCUUCGCAGCCGUCUGUCUCAUCAGUACCGUGUACAUCGUGUUCUGCGUCCCGGAGACUAAAAAGCGAUCCAUUGAUGAGAUAUACGCUGAACUCGGCGGGAAGAAGAACAAAGACUGCGAAGCAGCAGUCACAAGGCUCUAGAGCACCCUGGAUGGGUAGAAAGUUAUCGUGAAAAAAAAAAAAGUAUGUACUUGGUUUAAAGCUGUGUUGGCGUGUGUGACGUCAUAUAAAUAUCCAACGAAAGGAUUCAAUACGACGCCGAGAUUUAUAUUUAAAACAUUAUUAAUAAAGUGACAUUAAGGUACUAGAAGCAAACAUUUCGUUGAUGUUGUUUACUGUAACUAUCUAAGUUAUACAUGUAAUGUUCACGCGUCCAUGGCAUAAAUUUACCGUCGUCCGAACUGUGUAUGUGAAUUUGUAUAUAAUCAGUAUCCGAUACUGUAAAGACUGGUGUUUAAUAUAAAUAUUUAAAAGAAAAA